CCGGAGACACGUGAUUCCUCUCCACCGACAGCCGCGGCGCCGCCAUCAUGGACACGAGCCGUGUGCAGCCCAUCAAGCUGGCCAGGGUCACCAAGGUGCUGGGUAGGACUGGCUCGCAGGGACAGUGCACGCAGGUGCGCGUGGAAUUUAUGGACGACACAAGUCGCUCCAUCAUCCGCAACGUGAAAGGCCCCGUCCGUGAGGGCGACGUGCUAACUUUAUUGGAAUCGGAGCGAGAGGCUCGGAGGCUGCGCUGAACUUGCUGCUGGGUUCUGGAUCUGUACUGCUUGGCCCACAGGAUGAUCUGCAUUUGUUAAAUAAAGAGUUUGUAUUGUAUAUAAACUCCA